AGUUAAAACCUUAUUCCCUUUUGCUGUAACAGCAGCCUCAAGAACUGCUCCAUCCUCUCCUCUGCUUUGCAAGCCAAACUCCCCCCCUUCCAACUUCGAUUUAGACGAAGAGAAGCAAAGAUGUCGACGGCGCACUUCGUUUGGGACACUGAAGGAGACGUGCAGGACGUGCGUAGAAAGUGACAACCGUUGGCACACACGCGCUGUGAGAACCCGAUGAUUACGGCACCGUUGAAACUGCUACUGUUUUUUUUUUUUUUUGCUGUUUGCUUGUUGUUUUUUUUUUUUUGGUGAUUUAGGCUAGUGGGUUUGAUGUAAUUGGGCUUUAGGCUAAUGUAAUUGGGUUACAAUUUGGGCUUGGGUUAAUUGAGUUUAGUAAUGGACUUCUAAUUUUAAAUUUGGAUCUCUAAAGCUUUAGGCUAAUUGGGCCGUGUAAAGGAUUUUGGGCCCUGGGCAAUAAUUGGGUAUUACAGUGAUCAAAUGCAAUUCUUUGGAUUCUACAUGAAAAUUUAGAUGAUUUUGUAGUGUCUAGUGUCACGGGCCAAAGUACAAAGCCCGUGACCAUGGCACAAGAUGGGCCCCAUGGAGGUCGAUCGAUUAGAUGAGAAUUAUUUAGCUCACGGGAACUGGCCCGAUUCUAAGAACUGUUGGAGAAGCUUGUUAGGUUGAAGCCUGGUUGACCCGAUGAUGGAGAUAUGUCAACAUAGGCUAUUUUUAGUAAGUAGAGGAAUCAUAUCUUGUAGAUUUGAUAUGAUAUGAUCUAAUCUUGUAAAUCUCAAAAUUAAGAGAUAGGUUAAUCUCGUUUGUCGAUGUAAUUAGAUCUUAACUGUCGAUUUUGGAGGAGCUCAACUAUAAAUAGAGAGAGUAUUCCUCAAUCACUUUGUUUGCAUUCUCUAAAGGAAUCCUCACUUUUGGGAGUAAAUGUUGACUUAGGUGAGUCCCGUGACACUAGAAUGAUGAUAAUUUAAUUCUUGUUAUUUUAUAAAGAUUAAACGGUGAAAACUAUAACGCAUGGUAAGUGUAGACCAAGACAAGCAUGGAAGGCCCAGGAAUUGUAUUUUUGGGGUGGGCCAGAUGAGUUGGCAAUUUUACCCAAAUAAAUUUCCUGAAAAUUAAUAUUCCCUGCCCUUCAGUAGAAAUUGUGUUUCGUCGAGAGAGAAUAACAGAGGGAAAGCUUAAGCAAUGGCGGCCGAGGAGGACAGCGGAGAGUUUUACCUCCGCUACUACGUGGGCCACAAAGGGAAAUUCGGGCACGAGUUUUUGGAGUUCGAGUUCAGGCCAGAUGGGAAGCUCCGAUACGCUAACAACUCCAACUACAAAAACGACACCAUGAUCCGCAAAGAGGUCUUCCUCACUCCUGCCGUUCUUAAGGAAUGCCGCCGCAUCAUCGCCGAGAGCGAGAUAAUGAAGGAAGAUGAUAACAAUUGGCCAGAACCAGACCGUGUUGGGCGGCAAGAGCUUGAGAUAGUGAUGGGGAAUGAGCACAUCUCUUUCACAACUUCAAAGAUUGGGUCCCUUGUUGAUGUUCAGAGCAGUAAGGAUCCUGAAGGUCUUCGCAUAUUUUAUUAUCUGGUUCAGGAUUUGAAGUGCUUUGUAUUCUCUCUUAUCUCACUCCACUUCAAGAUCAAGCCUAUUUGAAGAAUGAAUGAUGAUAUUGAAAUCCUCCACUAUAGAGGGGAGAGAGGUGUGUCUGUCACAAUUGGCGUUUCUGCUUUUGAUAUAAAGCUUUAUUUUCCAUUUCCUUUUGUUCUCUUGAAUUGAUGAGCUAAGUCUGUGUAUGGUUUGGUUGUGUGAGUAUUUUUUUGGAAUUACAUAAUGUCACUCUGUUUCUGUUAUGAAAGCUUUUAUGAUUGUGCA